AUGGAUUAUAGGCGGCCAGAUCGCAUUGAUUGGUCAUACCUGCAAAGCGUAUUAGAUGCAUCUACUGAAGAAGCACUGAAUGAUUUACAGCAGCUCCGCAGCGAUUCAGAAUACUGGUCAUUGCGGAUCCAGCAAACUGGGAAAAAUACAUCAAACUUGCUGUAUUCUGUCUUCAGCCGUAUCAAUACAUUUGUUUGCCUAAGCGAACGCAUUAAGAGAGUUCGUCUGUGCAAUGGGUGGACCGAUUCAUCUAUUUCCUACGAUGACAUCGGGCUAUUCAAGGAAGCGGUGUCUCUGGACCCUAUCCUGCGCUCCAUUCUUAACAAGGCCCUUGAAUCGAUACAAAAGAUGAGACUGUCCUCGGAUUGGACAUGGAAAGGGACGAAGACAUUUCGCUAUCUCUCUGACAUGAUGGAGGAAAACGACCCAACGCUACGCGUAAUCGGCCUGCGUAGCGUCUUGAGGACCAUCGAACGCGAGAUGCCAAAGGUCAAUCCUUGUGAUUCGAUGCCCUUUCUAUUCGCGCAAGCCCUUAACGAUAUGUCAGUCGUGGCUGUUUGCAUGCAGGAGUCUGACAAGCAUUACCAGUACAUACGCAGCGUCAGCCAUGAGUAUACUUCAUUGGCAAAUGAUGCAGAAUCAGAAUGGAAUGGACGGGAACAGCCUUGGAUAUCGUUUAUUGAGGUGAAGCCGUUAGAGGAAAGGCACAAGAUCUUCUGGAACACUAUUGAUGCGUAUAUGCUUGAUAGUACGGCGCCCAGACCAAUCGUUGAUUUUAUCCGACAUUAUGCUCCGAUUUCAGCAGCGCCUACCUCUGCAUCCGUCACCUCUCCUAUGAUAUGGAGCACACACGGGACUGAGGUAGCAUUGACCGAAACCCAGAAGAGAAAGUCAAAAGGACGCAAAUCCCGACACGACGCAUCAAGAUCCCUACGCAGGCCAGUCACCGCAUCAAAUGUGGUCGAGCUACAUAGCUUGCCCUUUGUUCGUAUUCAGAAGGACGCUGAUAAGAUUUUCUGGAAUCGGCUUUCAAGUGACAAAGGGCAGAUUACGGUGCGUCCACCUGAAUCACUGUCCCAAAAUCCAGACUUGCUCUCCUGUGAAGUAUGGAGGAGGAUACGGAGUUAA